UCCAAUUUGAAAUGAUAGUGUUUUUUUAAAGCCUAAAAAAAAAUCGAGUAUGAACACCAUGACUUUUUUAAAAUGAAUGCAAAAAGAGUUAACAGUGGAAGAAAUUUUAACAUGAAAAGAUGGAUUGUACUCAAAACUGUUGUUUAAAAAGACAUGGGGAUUAUUUAGUGUCGGCUUUCUCAUCAGAAGAUUUAGAGACUUUAAAGCAAAUAAUAAAAGUAAAAUGUUCAAAUCCAUUUCGGAUACUGGAUUCUUAUGGAAGAUCAAUUUUCCACAUUGUUGCAUCGCUUGGAAGAAUAGAUGUCCUGGAAUGGUUGUGCUCUGAACAGAAAUCAAAAAAUGUUUUUCACAUAAAAGAUAAAGAGUCUGGUUAUACUGCUCUUCACAGAGCUCUUUAUUAUGGAAACAUUGAUUGCGCUAUAUUGCUCUAUAAGAAAUUAGGUGACUGGGGAUUUUAUGAUAUUCAAGGAAAUAGUCCACUUGAUUUGGUUGUAUUGGAUUCACCAAGAUAUCAUAGGAAACCUGAAGAAAAAAGUUUACAACAAGCAGUAGCAAUUUUGCCUUUUGAAUCUGAAGGAGAAGAGUUAUCUCUUCAUACUGGUGAUCGUAUAGAAAUCAUUCGUGAAUACCCGAACGGCUGGUCAUUUGGUAAACUUGUAGGAAGCCAGCAGAAAGGAAUGUUUCCUACAAAUUUUGUUGAAAUAACAAAAUUUGAACAGUUUGUUCCAAGUUUAAUCGAAACACAUUCAAAUGUAUUUACAUGGGGUAAUAACAUUAAUUUUAAUUUAGGUCAAGCAGAUUCUAAAAACAGAGUUCAUCCAGACCAAGUGCAAGAUUUAGUAGAUAUAAUUGAUGUUGUGAUAACUAAGUUUCAUGCAGUGUUUUUGAGCAAAGCUGGCCAAGUAUUUACAUGUGGGCAUGGUUUAAAUGGCCGAUUAGGUCAUAACUCUGAAGAAACAGUUCUUCACCCUAAACUUAUUGAAGGUUUAAAAAAUCAGAAAUGUAUUAAUAUCAAGGCUGGUGACCAUCACACUGUUGUUCUUGAUGAACUAAAGCAGGUUUAUACAUUUGGAUCAAACCAAUAUUGUCAGUUAGGCCAUGUACCUCAACCAAAGAGUUGUUUAUAUCCAAAAGAACUAAGUAAUAAACUUUUCAAAAAUAAAGAAAUUAUUGGGAUUGCAGCUGCUUGUUUUCAUACCAUAGUGUAUACAAGCUACGAGUUGUAUACAUUUGGUCUAAAUGCUGGUCAGUUAGGACACUCAAAAGGAGAAAAGUACCAAUGCUCUCCAAAACUUGUCAGUUCUUUGUUAAACAAAGAAACUCGAAUUUUACAAGUAUUGGCAAGUGAUGGUGCAUCUUUAUGCUUGAUGACAAAUGGGGACUUGUAUAUAAUGCAAAAUUUUAUUUGCAGAAAAAUUGCCACUAAAAUGGUUGACGUACAGUCUUUACAAAUGAAUGGUGGAAUUUUAGAGUUUGAAUCUUCAAAGAUAGAAAAUCCUUUACAAAUUUGUGUUUUGUAUGGUUCAGGAAUGUUAGAAUAUUGGAGUUUAGAGUGUAAAUCAUUUCGUACUCUCUUUUGGGCAGGUGAAAAAUCAACGAAUGCUAAAAUUAUCCACAUUGCUUUAGGCCUUAAUCUUUUGUUUGUGACAGAAGAUGGUAGAGUUUAUCAAGGUCAUUUUCAAAUUGAUAGGAAAAAAGAUAGUUCAAUGGCUCCUGUCAAAGUUAAAGCUAAUUCUUUGUUAAGUGAAAUUGCUGAGAAGUAUAAAGAGAAGAAGAGACAUUUUGUUCAUAUGCAAACGGAAAGAAUUCCAUUGUUGUUUAAUGCAUUAAAAUGUUUUUGUGAUUCUCGAAGUAAAUCAUUUGCUGCAGUUCAAAAUGAUCCGCAAGUCGGCUUGGUUGGCUUUCCAUCUAUCAUUGAUUCUAUGUUGAGUAAUGAUUUAGAGAAACUGAUUUCACAAUCAUUUAAUGAAGAUCAGCUGCAUGAUAUGUUUAUAAAGACUAUCUCAUGCAACAUAUAUUGUCAUAAGUUUAUACUUCAAUCAGCUGGUUUUUCAUUUGACAAUCUUUUAACUAUAAACAAUAGUUCUUGUUUGGAUUUUUCGCAUCUUUCAUAUUCUGCUACUAUAAAUUGGUUAAAAGAGUUGUAUCGAGGUAACAGAGUUGAAAAGAAUCCUUCUGAAUCACAAUUGUUGCAGAAUUCCAAUGACCAUCCAGUUGAUCUAAGCGACGAUAUCAAUGAUAUUUAUGAUGAUGUAAUUAACUUGUCAGUAGCUGAUUUACAACAAUUUGAAGUUGAAGAAAAUGUUUACAAAAAAAUACAAUGGCAGAAGAAUAAUAAAAGGAAGCAAUCUUUUAAAAACAUCAAAAAGGAAAGCCAAUCAAAUGGGAAAAAGUAUUACUGUCACAAAAACUUUGUAAACUGGCAGAAGCUAAAAAAUCUUUCUGAUGUCACAAUAAAAUGUUGUGAUGGUGUGACAAUUAAAUGUCACAAAUGUAUACUUGUUGUAAGAUCAGAGUACUUUCAAAAUAUGCUAAGCAAUGAAUGGCUUGAAUCCUCAUUUGUUAAUAUGAACAUACCUUCAAACAUUCUUUUGCCUAUUCUAAACUUUAUUUAUACAGAUGAACCUUGGAAAAAUGUUCCAGAUGACAUCAAUUAUAUAGGUGAAGUUAUGGUUUGUGCAGAUCAUUUUCUACUUGUGCGCCUAAAACAAAUUUGUGAGUUAAGUUUGGCAAAAAAAGUUUCAUUAAAAAAUGCACCUGAGCUGUUUCAAUUUGCGUGCAACUUUAAUUCAAGCCAGUUAAAAGAAUUUUUAGCUGAGUUUAUUUCAUUGAAUCUAGCUUAUUAUCUUGAAGCCAGAUUGUUGGAGGAUAUUGAUUUAGAGCAUCUAAAAGAAUUAUCAAUUGUUUACAAAAAAAUGGUGAGUGGAAUGAAGGAACGUGUAAUUAAACCAAGUCAGCUUCAUUGUGUUAUUGAUGUUGAAGAUGAUUUACUGCAAAACAACUUUAUAAUGAAAUCAAAUAAAGAUAUUCACUUAAAAAACAUAAAAAAAGUUGGAAAAAGUUUAACUAAAGAAAAAUGUGUUAACAGCAAUGCUGGUUUAGAAACUAUUUGCAAGGAUCAAGAAAUCUUGAAUAAUGUGUCUGAACAAAGGCAACAAGUUUUUGAAGCCUGUCCCACCACCACCACCUGUCCCACCUUAUCUGACACAAGUUCUGGUAUUAAACAAAAUUCUUUAAAUAUAUUUCAAAUUCACAGUUCAGAACUAGAAAUAAAAAACAUACAAAAGAAUAAAAUUUCGCCAUUUAAAAAGAAAUCUCAGCGGGAAAGGAAGAAAGAAUCUCUUAAUGGUGAUACACUUAUCUCAACAGUUGAUGUCCAAAAAAAAGAUGUGUUUUGUCCAUGGUCAUCAAGUUCAUUAAACCAACAACUCAAUCAACCAGUUUCUUUUCGUGACCUGUUAGAAGAAGAAAGUUCACCUAAAAAUAAAAAUGUUAGGCCAUCUAUAAAGAAUGUGCAAUCUGCUAAGUUUAACAAACAAUUGAGUUUCGACGAAAAACCAAUAACAGCUACAAAGUUAAAAAAUGUUUCUGAAAGAAGCGUGUGGAAUGACAUUUCAGUGUCUGAAACUUCAGAAGUGUCUAUGCUUCGAUUAUUUAAAGAAGAAGAGAAACGCCAAACAUUAGAGAGUUUCCACAAGCCUGUCACCUUGAUUCAACUUGAAGAAAAAGCCAUAGAAGAACUUUUGCUGUACUACAAAAAUGCGUAUCCUGGAGAUGAGAUUGACGUUAAACGCCUCGAUCACACUUUAGGUGUUUUGUAUUGGAAUCGAGAAUGAGUUUUUUAAUCGUACAAUUUAGGGAUCAUUUUUAAUUAAAUUUUAACUUAAACAAAUCUUAACUAUUUACUUCAACUUUUUUUAUAGUUAUUUUAUAAAGUUUAUAUGAAAACGUGUAAGUUAUAAAGUUUGAAUGAAAACAUAAAUUAUAAAGUAA